AUGGAAGAAUUUGAAAAAAUAUUAGAAGAAAUUGAUUCUGCUAAUUUAAGCCAAAAUGCAGUUUAAUAAUUGAAAUAGUUAAUUAUUAGCAAUGGAAUAUUAGAUGAUGAGUAAUUAAUGGAAAAGUGGCUCUUUUAAUUGGAGGCAAUCAUUUACAAUAGCAAGUAAAAGUUUCUUGAAGCUUAACUGAUGGAUUUUAAGAAGAAUGUGCUUAAUUAGGACAUCAAAAAACCUCAAAAUGACAAUUUUAAAAAAAUAAAGGAAUCUGAAGUUUAAAAAAAUAUAGACAUUAUUAAAGGUGAUGCAGAUUUAUUUACUAAAGCUUCUUCAGCCAAAAAACAGACAUCUACUUAAUAAGCAAAUAAUGCAGCAAUUGAUUGCGAAGAAUAAUUGCGUUAGUAGUUAGGAAAGGAAUCAAUGCUAGACCCAAAACGUUUUUCAUAUAAUAGUAACCUUCCCUAGGUAAACUUCGAAAAAAAUUAGCAUUAGAAUUCCAACAAUAUGACUAUUGUCGAUUUAUUUGAAUAAUACGAUCCUAAUAAAAUUCCUAACUACUUAACAAAUAAUAUUGAUAAAAUUCGCAAACAUCUCGAAUAAAGGAUCCUAACUUUCAAAAUACAAAAUUACAGUUAAUUUAUAGUUAACGGUGAAUAGUUAAUAAAUGAUGUCAGCUCUUACUCUAAGACAGAAGAAGUAAAAAUGGUUGGCAGAUUGAUAUCGACAGAAAAUGGUUUUUUGAAUACAACAAAUUUAAGGAUAGAACUUAAUAGAAAUCAAUAUUUCGAUCUCGUCUUUGAAAACGAUUUUGAUUUUGGUAACAAUGUUCUUUUUCCUAAUUAGAUAGUGAUGGUUAAAGGUAUCAUAAAUGAAAAAGAAGAAUUAGUAGUAAGUGAGUUAAUCACAGAUCACAUUAAGGAAAUAACUGAUGAAGAACAUCCAAAAAUUGAUAAUUUGAACUAAGAUGAAAGUUAGCUUAUCAUGGUAGCUGCAGGUCCUUUUUCUACUGUUAUGUCUACUUAAUAUACAUCAUUUGAUAACAUUCUUCAUGUUGCAAAGACUAAGAAAGUAAGCACUCUUAUCCUUCUUGGACCAUUUUUAGAUAUAAAGAAUGAAAUUUUAAAAGAUGGCAGUAUUAUAAUAAAUAGCAAAGAAUAUACUUUUGAGUAAUUGUAAAAUUCCUUGUUUGAAAAAGCUGUAAAGGAAUUAGAAGGAAAAACUUAAAUAAUCAUUGUCCCUUCUACUCGCGAUAUUCUUUCCACUGACUCUAUUCCUUAAAUGAGUCUUGAAAUUAAAGUUUCUGAACAUAAGAAUUCUAUUCACUCUUACUCUAAUCCAGCUUAUAUUGAUAUUGAUAAAUUAAGAGUUUACAUUGCUAACUCAGAUGUCGGUAUGAUCACUCUUUAAAAUAGUUUGUUAGAUAAAAAGAUUCCCUACAUGCAGCAAUCACGUCUUACUUUUAAAGCACUUAUGAAUUAAUAAAAUUUGUACUCCAUAUAUCCUAUGAGAAAUCCACAAGAUUCAUAAUAAAUAUUAGAAACUGUAAAACUUCCUAAUAUAAAUGAUUUUGACAUCCCUUUUGACUACUAGCUAGAAUAAUAUCCUCAUAUAAUUAUCUCUCCUUCAUCUCUACCAAAAUUUGCAACUAAAAUCUAUAAUACCGUCGUCAUAAAUCCUAAUUAUGUUAUACGUGAUGGCUCAUAAGCAGGAAAUUUUGCUAUAAUUACUUUAUUCAAAGAUUCUGACAUUCCUAUUCACGAAAGAACUCGUGUAGAUUUAUAUUGUUUGUGA